AACCUGACCUGAAAAUACGAGAUUAUUCUCGGGCAUUUUCGAGGUUGUUCGUUGUGUUUUGUUUUGAUCAUUGAAACUGAAAAAAAAAAAAAAUCAAGAGAGCACACAAUGGACCAGGAAAACAUUCAAACGCUUGCAUCAAAAGCAUCUUUAAUUAGUUCAAGUGAUUACUCAAACAAUAAGAUUAAUAAUAAAAUAAAAUCAAGCAAAAAACCUGAAACAGUGAGUAAAUAUUUUGAGGAUACACCUGGACAAAGAAAGUUUGGAAUUGAUAUGAGUAAUUUUGAUAUGAAAAAAUUACAACAAAAUAGAGCUGAAUCAUUCAAAAGAAUGAUUUGCUCUGAUGUAGUUAGCAGAAAAAAAAUAAAAUUUGAUAGAAAUCAGAUAAAUGGUACUACAUCAAUAGCUAGUCUGUCUGAUGAAACUGAUGAUGAUUUUUUUGACAGAUUAUGGAAAAAUAGAAGUGCAUCAACUGAAAGAAAUACUUUAUUUAAAAAUGGACUAUCAGGAAUUAUCAACAAGAAGAAAAAGAAAGAUUUGUUUAAUAAACAAACAGCAACAACAUUGAGUAAUUUUAAAUUUGAUAUGAAGAAAAAGAAAAUUUAUGAUGAUGAUAAAGAUGCUGAAAAUGUUGAUGAUGAUUUGACAAUGAAUAAUGUUGUUGAUGGCCAAAAAAUAAUACAAAAUCCAAGUGGUACUGUUGAUCAAGUAAAUUUAUUUAAAAAUAUUCUUAUUCCAUCAAGUAAUGACAUCUUGUCAUCUGAAAAUAUUCACCCACUGUCACAGAGAUUUACUGUUGCUGAAAUUAUUGAUCAGAAUAUUUUAAAUACUGAAGAGGAUGAUGACGACGAUGAUGAUGAUGAUGACAAUCAAGAAAAUCGUAAAUGUCCAACACCACCAUAUUUUAAUUGAAUAUAAUAUUCAAGCUGUUAAUUAUAUUAAUUGUUAUUAUUUUAUUCGAUCAGUUUAUAUAUUUUAUUUUAGUUAAAUUUGUUAUUAAUAAUUAAUAAGAGUGUAAUAAUUAAUGAAUAUAAAAGAAUACAUAUGAAAAUUAAAUAUUCAA